GAGAGAAACGUCUUACAAAACGCCGAACAUUUGCAUUCCCGUCCAAGAUUGGGGGCUAGCACCAACCGUGGGAGAUGUCUGCGAUGCGGCAUCGCCCAAUGGCCCCGCCGGGGCCCGGAGCCGGAGCUGGGGGCGCCGGUGAACACGGCGACAGCGAUGACAACAACUUCACCGACGACGAGAGUUCGCCGCUGACUCACGACAUCUACGGCGGCAGCCAACGCACCAUACAAGAAACUAAAGGAUGGGAUGUGUUCAGAGAUCCACCGAUAAAAAUCGAGACUGGAUCGACGGCGAAUCAGGAGUGCCUAGAAUUAACCAUCAAAAUCCUCAAGAUCUUCGCUUAUGCGAUUACUUUUAUCAUAGUUUUAACCGGUGGCGUCAUCGCCAAGGGCACAAUGCUCUUUAUGACGUCGCAAGUACGCAAGGAUAAGAAGAUGGAGUACUGCAACAAGGACUUGGGUCGAGACAAAAGCUUUGUGGUGCGGUUGCCGGAGGAGGAGCGUGUGGCCUGGAUUUGGGCUCUGCUGAUAGCCUAUGCCCUGCCGGAGAUCGGAGCCCUGAUCCGGUCCGCCCGCAUCUGCUUCUUCAAGACCUUCAAGGUGCCCAAAACGGGGCACUUCCUGUUCGUCUGGCUGAUGGAGAGCCUGAGUGCCGUGGGCACAGCACUGGUGAUGUUCGUGGUCUUGCCCCAGAUCGAUGCGAUCCAGGGUGCCAUGCUGACCAAUUGCCUGUGCGUAAUCCCAGGCAUCUUUGGCCUUCUGUCGCGCACCUCCAAGGAAGGCAAGCGGUUCGUGAAGGUGAUCAUCGAUCUGGCGGCGGUGGCGGCCCAGGUAACGGGCUUGGUGAUCUGGCCGCUCCUGGAGAACCGCCGUGAGCUCUGGGUCAUCCCUGUGGCCUGUGUCAUGAUCUCGUGUGGCUGGUGGGAGAACUACGUGUCUCCCCAGUCUCCGCUGGGACUGGUGCGGGCUCUUGGACGCAUCAAGGAGGAGAUGAAGUACACCCGCUACUUUUGCCACAUAUUUCUCUCCAUCUGGAAGAUUCUGCUCUUCUUCACCGUCACCCUGAUGAUCUAUUGGGCGCAGGGCGAGGAGCCUGGCAAUCUGUUCUCCAUGUACGGAGAUGCCUUCGGACCGCACAAGAUCAUCGUUUACGAGCUGCCAGCCGGAUUGGGCGGAGUUCUGCCCGAUACCUUGGAAUCGGCCAAUAUAGACACUGUGGAUGUGGACGCCGCCUACAACACGGUGGUGUAUGUGCUGCUACUGCAGAUCUUUGGCUCCUACCUGUGCUACAUCUUUGGCAAAUUCGCCUGCAAGAUCCUCAUCCAGGGAUUCAGUUACGCCUUCCCAGUGAGUCUAACCGUGCCCCUGUCCGUUUCAUUCCUGAUUGCCGCCUGUGGCAUCCGGAUUGAUGAUCCCUGCUUCUUCCACGACACUAUUCCGGAUUACCUGUUCUUCACGAGCCCCUCAAACUUCCGGUUCAACAACUUUGUGACCGAGCAAAUGGCCUGGGCCUGGAUUCUGUGGCUUCUGAGUCAGACCUGGAUAGCUUUGCAUAUUUGGACGCCCAAGUGUGAGCGUCUGGCCACCACCGAGAAGCUGUUUGUGAGGCCCAUGUACUCCUCCCUGCUCAUUGAUCAGUCGAUGGCCCUCAACAGGAGGCGGGACGACCAGGCAGAUGUUAAAACAGAGGACCUCUCAGAGAUUGAGAAGGAAAAGGGUGAUGAGUACUACGAGACCAUCUCGGUGCACACAGAUCGCUCUUCGGCUCCCAACAAGCCCUCCAUUAAGUCCUCAGACAAUAUCACUAGGAUCUAUUCCUGCGCCACCAUGUGGCACGAGACCAAGGACGAGAUGAUUGAGUUCUUGAAGAGCAUCAUGCGAAUGGAUGAGGAUCAAUGUGCCCGUCGUGUGGCGCAGAAAUAUCUGCGUGUCCUUGAUCCGGACUACUAUGAAUUUGAAACUCACAUUUUCUUCGACGAUGCCUUCGAAAUUUCCGACCACAGUGAUGACGAUAUCCAAUGCAAUAGGUUCGUUAAACUCCUGAUAGCCACCAUGGACGAGGCUGCUUCCGAGAUUCACCAGACCACGAUCAGGCUGCGUCCGCCCAAGAAGUACCCCACUCCCUAUGGCGGUCGUCUGGUGUGGACCCUUCCUGGCAAGACCAAGUUCAUCACUCAUCUUAAGGACAAGGAUCGCAUUCGUCACAGAAAACGCUGGUCGCAGGUGAUGUACAUGUACUAUCUUCUGGGUCAUCGCCUCAUGGAGCUCCCAAUUUCGGUCGACCGGAAGGAUGCAAUUGCGGAGAACACCUACCUUUUGACCCUGGAUGGAGAUAUUGACUUCAAGCCGAAUGCGGUGACGCUUCUGGUGGAUCUGAUGAAGAAGAACAAGAAUCUGGGCGCAGCCUGCGGACGCAUCCAUCCUGUGGGCUCGGGCCCAAUGGUGUGGUACCAGUUGUUCGAGUACGCCAUUGGUCAUUGGCUGCAGAAGGCCACGGAGCACAUGAUCGGAUGUGUGCUCUGUUCGCCCGGAUGCUUCUCCCUGUUCAGAGGCAAGGCCCUAAUGGACGACAAUGUGAUGAAGAAGUACACCACCCGGUCGGAUGAGGCGCGUCAUUACGUGCAGUACGAUCAGGGCGAGGACCGUUGGCUCUGCACGCUGCUCCUCCAGAGAGGCUAUCGCGUGGAGUACUCGGCCGCCAGUGAUGCCUAUACCCAUUGUCCCGAGGGCUUCAACGAGUUCUACAAUCAGCGAAGAAGAUGGGUGCCCUCGACCAUAGCCAAUAUCAUGGAUCUCCUGGCAGAUGCGAAGCGCACGAUCAAGAUAAACGACAACAUCUCCCUGCUGUACAUCUUCUACCAGAUGAUGUUGAUGGGUGGCACUAUCCUGGGACCGGGCACCAUCUUCCUUAUGUUGGUGGGUGCCUUCGUAGCUGCCUUCCGGAUUGACAACUGGACCUCCUUUCACUACAACAUUGUGCCCAUCCUGGCCUUCAUGUUUAUAUGCUUCACCUGUAAAUCGAAUAUCCAACUGUUUGUGGCCCAAGUCCUGUCCACGGCGUAUGCCUUGAUUAUGAUGGCUGUGAUAGUGGGUACGGCUUUGCAAUUAGGUGAGGAUGGAAUAGGCUCACCCUCGGCCAUUUUCUUGAUAUCCAUGGUGGGAUCAUUCUUCAUAGCCGCAUGUUUGCAUCCGCAAGAGUUCUGGUGCAUAACAUGCGGCCUUAUUUACCUACUAUCCAUCCCGUCUAUGUACCUGCUGCUCAUCCUGUACUCGAUCAUCAACCUGAACGUCGUCUCCUGGGGCACACGCGAGGUGGUGGCCAAGAAGACGAAGAAGGAACUGGAGGCGGAGAAGAAAGCCGCCGAGGAGGCAAAGAAACGUGUCAAGCAGAAGAGCAUGCUCAGCUUCCUGCAGAGCGGAAUUGGCGACAAUGGCGACGAAGAGGGAUCUGUGGAAUUCUCACUCGCCGGGCUAUUCCGCUGCAUUUUCUGUACCCACGGUAAGACCUCCGAUGAGAAGCAGCAGCUGACCACCAUUGCCGAGUCUUUGGACACGAUCAAGCAGCGUAUGGACACCAUCGAGAGUGCUGUGGAUCCCCACGGGCAUCAUGCCUCGCGACAUGGCCGCAGGAGAACCACCUCCAGUGGCUCCAAGGAUCAUCAUCUACUAACUUCGGUGGCGGAGAAGUCAGGCGACGAGACGGAUGUAUCGGAUUCGGAUACCUCAGCUGAGCCGAAGCAGGAGCGAGACUUCCUUACCAAUCCGUACUGGAUCGAAGACCCAGAUGUACGCAAGGGCGAGGUGGACUUCCUGUCCAGCACGGAGAUUCAGUUCUGGAAGGACCUCAUUGACCAGUACCUCUAUCCCAUCGACAAUGAUCCCGUGGAGCAGGCCCGCAUUGCCUCCGAUCUGAUUGAGCUGCGGAACAAGUCGGUGUUUGCGUUUUUCAUGGCCAACGCCUUGUUCGUGCUGAUUGUAUUCUUGUUGCAACUGAACAAGGACAAAUUGCACAUCGUUUGGCCGUUGGGCGUCAAAACGAACAUUACCUAUAUCGAAGAGACAUCUGAGGUUCAUAUCUCCAAGGAGUAUCUGCAACUGGAGCCCAUUGGUCUGGUGUUUGUGUUCUUCUUCGCCCUGAUUUUGGUCAUUCAGUUUACGGCCAUGUUGUUCCACCGCUUCGGAACCAUCUCGCAUAUCCUGGCCUCCACGGAACUGAACUUCUGCAAGAAGAAAUCCGAGGACCUUACCCAGGAUCAACUAAUAGAUAAGCAUGCUGUAGAGAUUGUGAAGAACUUACAGAGAUUACAAGGCAUCGAUGGCGACUACGACAACGAUUCGGGAUCCGGACCAGAUCGCAUAGCCCGUCGAAAGACCAUCCAAAAUCUGGAGAAGGCUCGCCAGCCCCGUCGCCAAAUCGGCACCUUGGACGUGGCCUUUAAGAAGCGAUUCCUCAAGCUCACUGCAGAUGCAGAGAACAAUCCGGCCACGCCCAUUCUCACCCGGCGCCUUACCAUGCGUGCUGAGACCAUCAGGGCGCUGGAGGUGCGCAAAAACUCGGUGAUGGCUGAGAGAAGGAAGUCCGCCAUGCAGACACUUGGGGCGAAGAACGAGUAUGGGAUUACCACUGGGGCGCCGAUUAACAACAACGGAGCCCUGGCUCCAAAUCAAAGAAGUGGACGCGUUUCGAAUGCAGGAAUCAGCAUUAAGGAUGUGUUCAAUGUGAAUGGGGGUCCUGCCGAGCAAAUUUACGGCUCAAACGGAGGUGGCACCAUUAAUCAGGGCUACGAGCACGUGAUCGAUGAGGACGGCGAUGGCAACUCCCUGAGGCUGACCACCCGCAAUCCACAUCCUCACCCACAUCCCCAGGUGUCAUGGGGCCAGAACACCAGCGGGGGCAACAACACGGGACGCCUGUGAGCGAAAGCCUGUUCUGCGAAGAAGAAGGCACAUCCUAGACAUAGUGCUAAGCUAGAGCUAGAGAUCUUUGUUAACGAAUUCCGCCUCUUUCCAUAUACUGCCUAAACGUAAGACUAAGCCCACACCUAGAGUUGUAGUCAGGAGGAGAUUGUGUUGUACAUAUUUAUAGGGACUCGAGAGAGAUUCAGGACAUAGCUGGAGCCUGUCGACACAACGAACAUUAUGCUUAGCUAAUCACACUGCCUGUGCCGAUGUGUGCAUGUUCGUGGGCCGAGUGCGUGCCCACGGUGGCAUCAACAUUCAUACUAUGUACUAUAUCACUAUAUCACUUGUUAGGUUAUGUUUAAGUCAAUUCCCGUGUGGAUCCAGCCGGACACACGACCAGUGCAUGCUGACACAAAAUACUCAACGCGAAGCUGAUUCGGAAGUGCAGCGUAAGGUGGCCUAUUUAUAAAUAUA